AUGCUGCGUGAAGUGGGAUCCAAUAUUAUGGUGUUUUAUGAGUAUGUAUUGCAGAGAACGGACCACCGAUUGUUACCCUAUCCGUUGAUGCGGACCCCCUUCCAGAUGACCAGCAUCCUGAUGGGCUAUGUGUUCUUCUCGCUGUACGCAGGGCCUCUGCUGAUGGCCAACCGCAAGCCCUAUAACCUCAAAACAGCCAUGAUCAUCUAUAACUUCAGCAUGGUGUCCCUAAACGCCUUCCUAGUCUAUGAGUUCCUGAUGUCAGGAUGGGGAACCACUUUUACCUGGAGAUGUGACCUGUGUGACUACUCAAGCAACCCACAGGCUCUAAGGAUGGUUCAAGUGGCCUGGUGGUUUCUGUUCUCUAAAUUCACCGAGCUUCUGGACACCUUUUUCUUUGUGCUGCGUAAGAAACACAGCCAGAUCACAUUUCUACAUGUCUUCCAUCACUCCAUCUUGCCCUUCACGUGGUGGUGGGGAAUUACCAUUGCUCCUGCAGGGGGAAUGAGCUCGUUCCAUGCCAUGGUCAACUCCUGUGUCCACGUCAUCAUGUACACCUACUACGGCCUGUCUGCUGCCGGACCUCGCUUCCAAAAAUACCUCUGGUGGAAGAAGUACAUGACCGCAAUCCAGCUGAUCCAGUUUGUGCUGAUCUCACUUCACAUCUCUCAGUACUACUUCAUGGAGAAGUGUGACUUUCAGGUGCCCAUGUUCAUUCACCUUAUCUGGAUGUACGGCACCUUCUUCUUCCUACUCUUCUCCAACUUCUGGAUUCAGGCCUACGUGAAGGGGAAACGGCUGCCUACGGCAACCAUGGAGAAGCUAAAGCAGAAUGGCGUUAUCAACAGCGACGUUACCGUGGUCAUCAACAGCAAGCCGCUGGAGAAUAGCAACGGGACAACAGCACAUCGUGUCAAUGGCAAUAACCAACUAGGCAAAGUGAAGGAAGUCUAG